AUGUCUGCUAAAAACGACAGUAAAUAAAAAAUUAUAAAAUGUGCUUCAGUGGGAGAUUAAUUUGUUGGAAAAUCUGCUCUAUUUGUUAGGUAAUUUCAUGGAAAGUUUCUUCGAUAAAAAACCGCUGGAGUUGAUUUUUAAAUUUUCGUUCUGAAAAAAGGAAAUGAAGAAAUUAAAUUUUAGUUUUGGGAUUUAGGUUAUAGGAGUAGAUAAGAAGGAUUAAAAGUUUAUCCUUAAACUUCUAUUUUAAUUAUGAUUUAUGAUAUUACAAACAGAAUCUCUUUUACAAAUAUUUAAAAAUAUUAUGGAGAUUAUGUUAGAUAAGGAAAUAAAAAAUCAAUAAUUGCUCUUGUCGGAAAUAAGAAGGAUCUAAAUGAAUAUAGAGAAGUUUCAUUUUUGGAAGGUUAAGAGCUGGGUAAAUAGUUAGGUGUAUAUUUUUUUGAAGUAUCUGCUUUUACAGGUGAAAAUGUUAAAGAUUUGUAUGAGUUCUUAAUAGAUAAGUCUAUUGAUACAGUCUAAUUUUGA